GAGCCUUCUCUACUGAGUGCGGGGCUCGCGCAGCAUCAGAUAUGUGAACGGCGGGAAGCGGCUCUGCCUCGCGCUGUAGGAGGAUGGCGGGAGGACGGCGGGGUCUCGUGGCCCCCCAGAACACGUUCCUGGAGAACAUCGUCCGCCGGUCCAACGGUAGGUUCCGGUUCUGUCCGGUUCACACAGCUGGAUUCAGAGGGGUGAAAGCCUGUUUAUUGUGGUUCGGUUCGGGUGUCUCAGCACCAGACAGCUCUUCUGUGAUUGGCUCGUUUAUUUCAGAAAGCCUGCACGUGUCUGUAUGGUUAUCUUCGUUAAAUAUCAGACCGUCUCGGUAAUUCUCCCGAUGUUAGCUAGCAGCAGGUAAAUGUUGUUCAGCUGUUUCUGAUGAGAAAUCACCUGUAAAGCGGCGCUGCUUCCUUCACUGAUAAAUAAACCUUUACUGUCUGAGUUAAAGGAAGCUGUAAAAACACAGACAGUCUUCAGUUUUUACCUCUUUGUUUAUCAUUGUUACUAUAGAUUAUUGUUUAUGCCUAUACUGACCAUCUGUACAUAAGUAAUCAAGCACCAGUAACAAACAUUUAAAAAUACUAAAGUUAACGCAGUCAUCGCCUUUCAUUUAUAAUCUUAACUAUUUAUUUUCUUAAAUCUAAAUUCAUCUGCUGUUUUCUGUAUACAUCUUAAACAUUUGCUUAAACUUAAAGCAAAAAUUAUUGCUAAAACACUAAUUAUCCUUUGUUUCCACUCUUGACCUGAUUUCCUCAUUUUUGUUUUCAUAUUUUUAUUAUAGUUAUUUUUAUACUUUAUUUCUCAGUGAGCUUGUAUGUUUCCCAAAAACGGAGUAUCUGCCAAUACCAAGUCCCGACCCGAUACAUCGGUAUUUGUCUGGACAGUAAAACUGCUUACCAUUGGUCGACAGAAAUAAGUUAACAUUUUAACGAAAAGUUGUUUUAGCGUACUCCGUUUGAUUUAGUCCAGUUAGCAUGGCUGUCCAACCUGCGAAUAAAAUCCAGAUCUUUUGAUUGAAGACAUCGAGUAAGAAAUUCAGCUCGGACAGCGCUGCCUGGUUAAUGAUGGAGUAGCUGUUGGAUUGUUUUCAUCUUCUAGUUUUAGGGUUGAAAAUGCUAAGUUACUAGUGUUUUUCAUUUUGCUGCGUGUCGAGGUUCGAUCAUGUCGGCUGUCGUGAGAUGACCUGAUUUUUUUUUUAAUAGUUUUUUAACAGUUUUAGAAACUUCUGAAAAUAAUUUUUAAUAAACAGAAAUUUGUGUAAACCGACAGCAUGAGCCGCAGGAGUGGGAGUCAGCUCACCUGAAUACGCAGUCAUGAUAUUUAUACUCUGAUUUACUGACUCCCUUCACUGUGGUCUCUGCUCCUUUAACUGCCGUUCUUUUCACCUUUUCAGUUUGGACUUUAUCACAUAGACAGACCGGUACAGACAGACCGGUACAGACUGACAGGUACAGACUGACCGGUACAGACAGACAGGUACAGACUGACAGGUACAGACACACACUGUUGUGUUCAUGUCUGUCCCCAUCCUCUCACUGUGUUUUAGACUCACUCAUCAGGUUACUGGAGGCGAUGAACUGCAUCUGUAUGUGAAACUGAAGUGAAGAGAAUCCUUCAACACACUGACUCCUGCUGUCAGAAGGGGGCGCUACUGUUCACAACAGCUCUACCCACUACUAGGGCUGCUUUUUUGGGGGGGGGGGCAGGUUUUCUAUUUAUUCACAUUGAAAUUAAUGCUGGGUGAUAAAAUAAUAACGAUAUCGUAAAUUAAUUUCCCUCCAUAUUAAUAUAAAACAUGGUGGAUUUGCUUUUUUUCAAUAGUCGUCAUUAAAAGGAGAAAAGUUCGUCCUCCAGGAUUUCUCGGGUUCAGAGCGGUCAGGUGUUCGGUUUGUAGAAGACACAGAUGUCCAGUUUAGUGGAUUUAUUGGACUGUGGCUCCAGAUCACACCAUACAGAACUCACAUAUAUAUAUAACUCUGAAUAUAAAGGAGCGUACUCAGUAACCAACCAAUCACAUAUAUGACUCAUAUUAAAUAAAUGAUCUCACACGAGGCUCACGGCAGCCACGGUGACAGUUAGCUUAUUAGCUGAAGAUUGAGUAACAUGAGAUCGCAUUAGUCAUGUUCACGGUGAACAAUAACGCAACAUAACAUCCAACAGUGAAACAUCAUCAAACUUCUGACAUUUACACUCAAUAAACCCGGAUAUGAAUAUUUACCAACUCUCUGCAGCUUGAGGAGGAGAACGAAACUCUGACAGCUGCGGUGUCUCUCACACACACACAGGUGUGUUCAACGCUGUCAGUGAGUCCAUGUUGGACACGUCUCUGUGUGAGGAUCCUUCUAUCACGGCGGUCAUCACAGUUCUACCUGAACUUUACACUAACAUGUAAACUGAUGCUGGAUCAGCUACCUUCAGGCUCCAGUUUAAUUCAGUGUAAAAAUGAACCUCGUUAAUUAACCCGACAUUUAGCUGUUCAGCCUAAUUUCACCCC